AUGGCGGCGCCUCGCAAGAUCAAGACCCGCUUCCUCAUCAUCUCGGACACCCACGGCGCCCGCCCGUACCCGGAGGACCAGCCGUUCCGCCGGGACCGCGUGGGCCAGAACCUAGCCCAGCACGGCAUCCAGAUGCUGCACGGCUUCCGCCGGCCCCUGCCCGCCGCCGACGUGCUCAUCCACUGCGGCGACCUGACCCGCUCGUCCGGGCCCGACGAGUACGCCGCCACGGUCGCGCUGCUGCGCGAGGUCGACGCCCCGCUCAAGCUCGCCAUCCCGGGCAACCACGACACGGCCAUGGACCGCCCCGUCUGGGCCGAGCUGCUGACCACGAUGCCGCGCCACGACCGCCACGGCGCCGACAAGACCCGCUACCCGGCCCGCGUGCUCGACAUGCUCGACCGCGCCCGCCGCGACGACGGCAUCCUCGUCCUCGACGAGGGCACCUACCGCUUCGUCCUCGCCAGCGGCGCCCGCCUCACCGUCUACGCCACCCCGCACACCCCGGCCUACGGCUUCUGGGGCUUCCAGUACACGCCCGCCGCGGAGGGCGGCCCCGGCCACGACUUUGCCAUCCCCGCCCGCGGCGACGUCGACGUCGUCAUGUCCCACGGCCCGCCGCGGCUGGUCCUCGACCGCACGAGCAGCGGCGAGGACGUCGGCUGCCCGGCCCUGCUGGCGCGCACCGCCGCCAGCCGGCCCCGGCUGCACUGCUUCGGCCACAUCCACGAGUCGUGGGGCGCCCGCCUCGUGCGCUGGGAGGAGGACGACGACGACGACCCGGACAACGACGACAACAACAACAACAACAACAACAACAACAAGUCCGUCGACCUCGCCCGGCUCGAGGACCUGGACCCGCACCCGACCCGGGACCCGCCGGAGGAGAAGCGGGCCAAGGCGGCGCGGCACAACGCGCUGGCCGAGCGCCGGUGCAUCUCGGCCAGCCUGUGCCAGGGCGACGCCCGCCCGCUCGAGUACGGCGCCGAGACGCUGUUCGUCAACGCCGCCAUCAUGAACCUCGCCUACCAGCCCGUGCACCUGCCCUGGCUCGUGGACCUCGAGCUGGACGAGGCGACCGAGGAGGACAGGAGGCGGGCCGAGGCCACGCCUGCUGCCAUCGAGGCCGCGCUGGAUAUGAAGUCGGUCACCAAGGAUCCGGAGGAGAGGUGA